AUGCUGUCUCCAUGGUUGUUCCAUAAAAUCCUAGGAGUAGCUUGUUACCUGCUCCCAUGUUAUGCUGAAGGUUAACCUGCAGGAAUUCCUCUACAGCCUGGCUUUGCACGUUUGCCUGAAGAUGGGAUAGAGGAAUGAUUUGUACAAGGUUUUGUUUCAUUAUCACUGCUUGAUAAUGAAAUGGGAGAUACCAUCUGUCAAUUAAAACAUUGGAUUUCCAGACUUGAAGGAGUCCUCCACUUGGAAAAGAAAAUAACAGCAUCUGGAGGAAAAAUAUUUGCUACCAAUGGGAAAAAAGCUGAUUUCCAUACUACACUGAAAAAAUGCAAAGAGGCUCAAGGAGGGUCUACUGCCACUCCAAGGAACCAGGGAGAGAAUGAUGCCAUUCUGUACUUUGUGAAAAGUUUUAAUACCUAUGCCUACCUGGGGAUAAAGGAAUCCCUAAUUUCAAGCAAAUUCCAGUCCCCGAAUGGCACACAACUGAACUACACUAACUGGCAUUUAAAUGAACCUUCUGGCAAAGGGAUAGAGGGAUGUGUGGAGAUGUACACUGAUGGCACUUGGAAUGACAAAAGGUGCAACUGGAAUUGCCUCAUUGUCUGCCAGUUUUAG